GUUUCUCACUGGUAAACACCAGCAUUCACUGUGGUACAAGACUUGCUGGGCUGAAGUAUUUUUUACUCCCGUGGCUCGCCCUUUCAUUCCCUCCUUUUCCCUCGUCCCCAGACUUUCUCUCUCUUGCAAGUCUCAGUUCUGUCUUGUUCUUACUCAUUAGUCCACGCUCUUUACUCUCUCUGACUGAACUGUGAUUGACUAUCAUUCUCUACUUGGACCUUCUUUUACUUCUACAAUAGUUUUUCAAGACCAACAGAACGGAAUCCUUGACCAUGCGCUGGACGUCGGACAACGACCAGCUACUGCUGCUUAUGAUAAUCGAAACUCACGACCUCCGCAUCGACACCAAGCGUGUCGCCGCCGCCUGGCCCACCGCCGAAGGCACCACGGGUCCCACCCCCCGCGCCAUAACCGAGCGCCUGGUCAAGCUGCGCCAGACAGCCCGCGAAUCCGGUGUCGCAGAAGGCAGCUUUUCCAUUGGAAAAGGUGUUAAAAAUCCCACUCCGGCUUCUACGCCCCGCAAGUCACGCAAGGGUGCUGCGUCAGCGACGCCGAAGACCCCGAGUUCGGGGAAACGUAAGCGGGUGUUGAAGAAGGAUGAUUCUGAGGAAGAGCAAGAAAAGGGGAUGGUUGUGUCGUCGGGCAUGCCAUCGUCCUUGUCUUCGCCUGCGGGCAAUGACCCUGUGCUGACCCCGACUAAGGGCAAGGGGAAGGGCCGGAAGAAGCUUUCGGUGAGAAGCUCAGCUCCGGGUAGUAGUGAACCGGUGGGGGCGGCUGGAGAGGAGCGAGAUGUUUUUGUUGUUGGGGAGAGGAUGCACCUAAAGUUGAAGAUGAAGGGGGAGGGGGAGGGGGAGGGGGAAGGGGAGGAGGCUGGCUCGCCGGCCAAGCGGGUGAGGAAGGCGAGUGUCCUUCCCCCCGGAAUGAUCAAUUGGCAGGGUGACGGCGGGCCGGAAUCGGAGGAGCUCGAGAGCUUGACUUCGGAGUAUCUCCCUGACCCUGACAUGCAGGUCAAGGGUGAGGGGGACGAGAUGGAGUAUGCUUAAUAUGUGUAAACUUUCAGAUUUGCAGGUUGGUGGAUCUUUGAACACCUGGGAGGCGUGGGUAUUUCACGGACUGAUGAAAUUGGUUGCCCAUUGUAUAUUUUACGAGACUUGAUUAUGGGCUGGAGUUGAUCGAAUUUCUGGGCCUACUGUCUGUACUUAGUUCAUAAAUUGAAGACAUUGCGCAAG